AUGACACGCGAUUCGGUCUCGGCCGACGACGGCGGCCACAUCACCAAGACGCCGUCCAACGCGCACUCGCACCGCAGCCAGAAGCACAGCAACCAUGUGUCGCACAGCAAGCAGCAGAAUGCCGCGGCGGCGGCGGUCGAGUACGGCUACCCGCACGGCCACCUCGGGUACCUGAGCGAGGCGGAGGCGGCGGCGUUUGGCGAGUUCAAGGCGUACCUGGCCGAGCAGGGCGCCUACACGCCGCGGACGGACACGGCGCCGGCGUCGCACGACGACCCGACGCUGCUGCGGUUCCUGCGGGCGCGGCGGUGGGUGGUGGCGGACGCGUACAAGCAGUUCCAGGAGACGGAGGACUGGCGCGCGGACAACCACCUGGACGUGCUCUACGACACGAUCGACCUGGAGGCGUACGAGCAGAGCCGGCGGCUGUACCCGCAGUGGACGGGCCGGCGAGACCGGCGCGGCAUUCCGCUGUACCUGUUUGAGAUUCGGCACCUGGACAGCAAGACGAUUGCGGCGUACGAGAAGACGGCGCACAACACCUACUCGAAGGCGACGGGCGACGGCAAGACGCCGGCCAAGCUGCUGCGGCUGUUUGCGCUGUACGAGAACCUGACGCGGUUUGCGCAGCCGCUGUGCACGCAGAUGCCGGACCGCGACUUUGCGGCGACGACGCCCAUCACGCUGAGCACCAACAUUGUGGACGUGUCGGGCGUCAGCCUGCGGCAGUUCUGGAACCUCAAGGGCCACAUGCAGGCGGCCAGCACGCUGGCGACGGCGCACUACCCGGAGACGCUGGACCGCAUCUUCAUCAUCGGCGCGCCCAUGUUCUUCUCGACCGUCUGGGGCUGGAUCAAGCGCUGGUUCGACCCCGUCACCGUCUCCAAGAUUUUUAUUCUCGGCCACCACGAGGUCCUGCCGACCCUCCUGACCUUUAUCGACAUCCAGAACAUCCCCAAGGCCUACGGCGGCGAGCUCGACUUUAGCUGGGGCGCGAUGCCCAACCUCGACCCGGCCAUCCGCGCGCGCGCCGCCUGGGCGCCCGGCUUCGACACCUUCCCCCAGGGGCCGCUGUAUUGGCGGCCCCUGCCCCGCGCGGCGGGCCAUGGCAACGACAACGCCGACGACGACGACGACCGCGUCGAGUGCAUUGCCGUCGGCAGCGAGAACCAGGUCGAGCGGCAGGUGCGCGUGUGCACGCUGCCGCGACACUACAAGGGCGAGCCGGAGACGAAGGCGGCGGCCGAGGCCGAGGACGAGAACGACGACGAGCAAGUCGCCUUUGAGGAAGCGGCCGAGGCGCCGCCCCCGCCCCAGCCGGCCGCCGAGGGCAACGGUCACGCCGUGGCGGCUGCCGAGGACGCUGCUGCGGCGCCCCUGGCCGACAUCCAGAACCUGUCCCUCUCGGAAAAGAGCACAGGCGCCAAGACGGAGACGGCGGCUGUUGCGCCCACGGCGGCGUCGUAG